AAAGAGGAGAACUAUAACAAAGCACGUGUAGAAUUGUGUGUAUAUGCCAUCAUAAAGAAUGUUAGGUGAUGGAUGAAUAGACCUGAAAAAUCGGUUUUUCAUAAAACAAAGUCAAAACUUAAACUGAUUUCAUAUAAACAAAUUGAUAUGCAUUAAAUAUGUAUACUAGAAAUGGAUUUUAUACAAUUUUUUUGUUGUACAAAUAACAUCGUUUAGCCUCUGCCUCUUGUUCUGACUAUACCUCUGCCCGUAAUGCAUACGUACAAUACCAGUAAUAAGAAAUUCACGUUGAAACAGCGCAUAUUCCAGUGUUCGCAUUUAAUCUGCAUACAGUAGUAUAGCAUCCAUUCCAGUAGCACACAUUUAACACUUGUUUGGUAUACAGAUUGUUCUGCGUGUACUGCAUAAGACUUUGUGUCAAAGCAAAACAGUGAAUAUGUCAAAAAUCUCUGUUUUUAUAUUGUUUGCAAAUAUUUAAGAGAAUUUCAUUUUGCACCGACGAAACAGUAGUGCUUGGAUAUCAUAUCAUUAAGAGAAACUUCUGUCGUUUAAUUCAUUAGAAAUUCCGCAAAUGAACUUCAUUAUGAGCGAUGGCGUAAUUAAGGAAGCAAAAUCGGACUAGGAACUAGGUAACACCGUAACGGAGGAACAUCUAAAUGGACCAAUGGCACCGUGUAAUCGCCUCUUUAAGGCGGCAUUUUUAUUAUGUAUACUCCUUUUGUUAUUGCUGAACUUUUCCAAUUUUCGAACAAACAAUCCAAUCAGAGCCUCACAUACAGUUGCCAAUGGGAUUCAAUGGCCAACGCCAUUACAUUCCGAAAUGCGAACAACCAAUAAAUAUGACAAUGGAAAAAGAAGUGCCACAAAUCAAAAUGUAUCCAAACAAAUUUUAGUCAACAACAAUCAUCGUACAGGAAGCACGCCGAACAAAACACAUAGCAAUAUUCUAAGUACUCGUUUAGUCAAACCCAUUCCAUCAACUAUAGAAACUGAACAUACACGUGAAAACCCACAACCUCGGGACGAAAGCGAUCAAAUGUCCUUCAAUAGUGCGUCAUCCACAAGUACAAGUGUGUCCCAUGAACUUGAAGGCACAAUGUCGACAACGCAAUUUAGUUUUAACAGUCCAUUUUUAACAAAGUUGAUGACCAAGAUCGGCUUGAAUGCUUGCCCAUCGAUGCCGCCAGAUUUGAAUGGUCCCAUUAAUGCGGAUAUCGAAUAUGAGCCAUUGUCCGCAAUCGAAAAACGGUUUCGUGAUCUAUUACUGCCCGGCGGUUGGUACAAGCCACACGAAUGUAAUCCAAAAGAUCGUGUUGCCAUUGUUAUUCCAUAUCGCGACCGUGCCGAACAUCUACCAGUCUUCCUGAAAAAUAUACAUCUCCUGCUUAUGAAACAACAAGUGGAAUAUGGGAUAUUUGUAAUUGAACAAAUCGCUGAUGGUUUAUUCAAUCGUGCAGCUCUUAUGAAUGUUGGAUUUCUGGAAGCAUUGAAACUCCAUCAAUGGGAUUGUUUUAUUUUCCACGAUGUUGAUUUAAUUCCAUUGGACGAUCGAAACCUGUAUCGAUGUCCAGAGCAACCGCGACACAUGUCAGUUGGUGUAGAUACAAUGGGAUACAAGUUACCAUACAGUGGGAUUUUCGGCGGCGUUUCUGCCAUGACUGUCAAGCAAUUCACAACUGUCAACGGUUUCUCAAAUUCCUUUUGGGGUUGGGGUGGUGAAGAUGAUGAUAUGUCGAAUCGCCUGAAACACGUUGGAUUCCACAUAUCCAGAUACCCAGUUAAUAUAGCUCGUUAUAAAAUGUUAACUCAUCGAAAAGAAAAAGCAAAUCCCAAGCGCUAUGAAAAACUUGUGAGUGGUGUGAAGCGAUUUGAUUCGGAGGGACUGAAUUCAUUGAAGUACGAAGUUCGUGCAUUCGAACGCAAAGUUCUCUACACCUGGAUUCUAGUCGAAAUUAAACAAGAUUCACUCCUUGUUUUCUCUUCUCUUUUUCUUUCAUUUUUGCGAUGCGACUCUUUCCAUCCAUUCACAAAACGUGUGACAUUUUAUCUAUUUUGUUUGACUGUCACGUCAAUUGGAGUGCAGCACAGCUGAUCAGCGUAUUGGCUUCAUUUUUUACUAGAUUAAAAUAGUCGAUUACGUGUGAUUUUGCAUACUUCGUAUGCGACUCUAUUGUAGAGUAUUUUCAUUUUUCCGAAUAAUAUCUUACAAACUGAAAGCAGCCAACGACGACAAAUGGAACGGGGCAGAAUUUUUUUACAAUUAUGUGAGUUCGUCUAGCUCAGGUGUUAAUAUUAACUUUACUUUGGCGCAUACAUUCCCUGAAAAAAGUUCCAUAAAUAAUAAACCCAUAUAUACCUAUACUAUAGGCAUUUUCUUCCGUCGAAAAGCCGUACCUCUUCUCAAAUAUUAGACACACAUAUGCAUGGUUGUAGAAUCAUAUAGUAACAGUCAUUUAGCAGAGCCUCCGGAAGUUGUUGGAAUUUGAAUAAAAAUAAAACACAAGAAAACCUACACUGUACACUUGUUGAUGACAUUAUCAUCGAGUUUUGUUUCAAUGGAAUAAUUGCCCAUUGAAAACGCUUUUCGAUGUAAGGAAAUGCCAAUUGAAAUAUUUUGAUCUUUCAAUGAGUGAAUCUCCAUGAGACUUUAAUUUUGAAUUGUUAUUUCUUUAUAAUUUAUUGUUUUUUUUCUCGUCCAAUUAAACAAGUUAGUUUAUCACAAGAUUUCCAAUAUUUCAUUGUGAUAGCAUUACUUGAUGAUAUUUUUUGAUUCUGAAAUCGGUUGGGUUAUUGCUCUUAAUGCCUUUCUCACUUGUUUACAAACAAAUAUUUAAAUUUUUUAAUCGAAAACGUGAUAGUAUUCCAUAAAUUACAAUUAAAAGACGAAUAAUCGUAUAAAUCUUACCAAAAUCAACCAUCAUAAUUCACGGGAUAGAUAAUUGCUCUGAAGAACACAAACUCGAGCAUUCGCAAUCAGUUGUUUUGUGAAGUAAUGAUAUUCCACUAAUAAAAAGAAAUUUUAAAACACA